AUGAGUGGACUACCAGCUGGAUGGGAAAAAAGGACGUCCAAGUCCACCGGAAAAACUUACUACUUUCACAGAGAAACGAAUACGAGUCAGUGGGAGAAGCCAACAGAGUCAAGUCAGCGAGUUAGGGCUUCUCACCUUCUUGUCAAACAUAACCAGUCGCGGAGGCCUUCCUCUUGGAAGCAAGAUAAGAUAACUCGCAGUAAAGAUGAGGCUUUAGAAAUAAUUAAAGGUAUUAUAGAAUAAAUUGCGAGUUUUUCGUUUGAGCUAUCGGUGCGUUGUUGAUCUCGGCAUCAAUAUUAUACGAAGAAAAUGAACUACCGUUUUGUUAUCGGCAGGACUUUUCCGCGGGUGGCGGGUGACGGGUGACGGGUGGCGGGUGACGGGUAGCGGGUGGCGGGUGAGGGGUAGCGGGUGACGGGUGACGGGUGGCGGGUGGCGGGUUAAAAAUAUAUAUGAAAAGAAAAUAUUAUAAUAAAAUAUUAUUAUUGAUAAUGAUAUAACUGUAUGUUGUAAUUUUAAAAUAAUUUCAACGUUUAUGUACUAGCUAACAGACUCCAAAUAAAAGUAUUGUCUUGUUUUGUUUUAUCUACUUACGGGGACUAAAAAUGGAAAAAAAAAAACGAGAAAUCAUGCCUGUGAAAACAGUCACCUCUCCUUGCUCCGCACCGCAAGUGACGUUUCGUCAGGCUACACGCGGUGUGUCAAAUAAAAAUGGGCUACGUCAAGCAAGACACAUGGCACGUGUCGAUCUUGUUUGUCUAGUUUGCUUUUUCUUCCACAUCAAGACGAACAAUGAUUGCACUUCCCCAACUAUUUAACCGUGUUUAUAACAGACUGCAAGAUAUUCUAUUAUUCUACACGAUAUCGCAUGCACGAGAUAGCUUGAGGAACUCAUAAAAAUUAAAGUAAUAUUUAUCCUGCGACCAGACAAGUAGGAUCGCAUUCUCCUCUCGACAUGUUUGAACAGUGUCUCAGAUUUUUGACAAGUGCGUUUGUUCUUUUGUUAUAAGUUGGAAUAAACAUUGCAUUGCCCGUGGGAUAAAUCUUUGCCAAUUUGGUUCCCGACUUGUAGUUUAAAAUGAGCAAACUGUCUAUUUCGAGAAAACAAGGAAAUUUUCCUAAGACUAAAGCAGCAAAGCUGUCAACGUUAAUGCGUACCAGAGAAGGAGCAAGAACGUUUUUGACACAGCAUGGACCGUUUCCGCCGCAUGUGGCGUCUCGGACGCGAAUUGAUCUCGUUGUAUAUAUAUACAAAAAGGAUCUGCAUUUUUUAAAUACUACUUAAAAAUACUGAUUAGGAUGGCAAUCAUGCCGCAUACUAGGCCACGACACGGGAGGCCGAAUUUCUUGCAGUCUGUUAUAAACAUGGCUAAACAGCUGGGUAAGUGCAAUCAUCGUUCGUCUUGAUGUGGAAGAAAAAGCAAACUAGACAAACAAGAUCGACACGUGCCAUGUGUCUUGCUUGACGUAGCCCAUUUUCAUUUGACACACCGCGUGUAGCCUGACGAAACAUUACUUGCGGUGCGGAGCAAGGAGAGGUGACUGUUUUCACAGGCAUGAUUUCUCGUUUUUUUUUUCCAUUUUUAGUCCGCGUAAGUAGAUAAAACCAAACAAGACAAUACUUUUAUUUGGAGUCUGGUAGCUAGCACAUAAACGUUGAAAUUAUUUUAAAAUUACAACAUACAGUUAUAUCAUUAUCAAUAAUAACAUUUUAUUAUAAUAUUUUAUUUUCAUAUAUAUUUUUAACCCGCCACCCGCCACCCGUCACCCGCUACCCCUCACCCGCCACCCGCUACCUGUCACCCGCCACCCGCCACCCGCGGAAAAGUCCUGCCGUUUUGUUAUUCCAAAUAAACGGCCGCCCCUCCUGUGAGAGGGGUUUCUGUAUCAAAUACCCCCUUCCAAGGGUUUUUUGAACUUUGUACGGUUUUAUUAAAGUUUUUAGAGCACACAUCUUGCAAAGAUGAUAAAAUGGAGAGGCACAUGAGGAUUUAUACAAAAACUAUGCAGCCCCUUCGAAACACUGAAUUUUAAUGUAUUACUGUUUCAUUGUUUAGAGAAAGAAUAAAGUUCUGACACUUAAUUUGUUAGUUGUCGUUAUGAUAUUCGAACGUUUUCAUUUCCGAUUGGUUGUUGAAAGGAUGUGCAAUCAGAAAAGUUUACUUCUUCCCAGAAAAUGAAAGAAAAAAACCACAAUAUGUCAUCAUCCAAUUAAAGUUUACCAAAGAUCUUUCCCCUUUUAAUAGAUUUUGUCAUAUGGAUCCUGUGUCCUGAUUGGCGGGAUUUUCCACGUUGGUUCAAUAAGAAAAAAAAAGGAAAUCAUCAAUCAUUUCCUUAUAAUAAAUCGUUUGUUGACUAAGCUUGUUUAGUCAAAACACUGGAGUUUGGCCUUUUUCUAUCUUUUUGUGAUUUAAUUGACCUUGACCUUGUCUUGGUCCAUAAACAAAAAAGAACAACACCAGCCCCAGAUAACUAACCCCUCUAACCAUGUUCUUAACCCCAGGAACUGCCAGUCCAGUUUUUAAAAGGUGUAAAACCUUCAGUUAUUGCAUUGAAAAAGCUGAUGAAUCCUUGAUUCACUGUGACUCUAAUUUUCCUUAAAAAAACGGAAUUAAAUAGGUAUGAAAAAGACCCAUUAAUGUCCCUUGACUUGGCAGAAAAGGCCUAUCAUAGCAGAUACAUACUGAGAAGUUAGGGGUGGGGAAUGGGGAAAUCUGAGGUGCCAAGAGCCUGUUUGAAAAAUGUGUGAAAUGUCUAUAUUUAUGGCAAGAAGUUUGAUACUCCAAUUCAAGAGGAUACACCCAAAGCAAGACAUCAUGACUCUAUGUCACAAUAUUUUCAGAUCAGUUAAAAGUAUCUGAGACCUCACUUUUUCUAGGUCCCAUUUGUAAUUGUUAGAUAAAAAAAAGUAUUUUGCGGAAAUAAGAAGAUUUCUUACCAACUCUCCAUGUAUCUCCACAAUAUGCAUCAUUCAUUUCUUGCAUAUCCAAAUAAUAUUUACAUAAACAUAUCAGUAAAAAUUUUCAUAUAGCCCUUGCACAGUAAGAAAAAGCUGAAGUUACCCUUUUAUUAUCUGUUUGCAUCUGAUUGGAUGUCGUGUAACAAAUUCUCUCUAUCUUGCAGGUUACCAGAAGGAUAUUUUGUCAGGUAAGGCUACUCUUCAAGAACUGGCGACCACUGAAAGUGAUUGCAGCAGUGCUAAAAAGGAAGGAGAUUUGGGAUUUUUUGGACCAGGACAAAUGCAAAGUAAGCAUAGGUUUAUAUCCCCAUAAAUUUGAACUAAACUUUGUUUUGUCACACGUACUGUAUCAAGAAAUAAGGAGAGUGGAAGUUCUUGAAAGUAGUGCUCAAAUACCCAGGUCCCAGGUAUGCAGCCUAUUUUAGUAGGAUUUUGCAUAUGGGGGGAUUCCCAAUAAUGCAAAUUUCGUUGUUUCCAGUUUUUAUGUCAGUGACACUGUUUUGAACUUUUGCAUGGAGAUCUUACAUCCCAUUCUAUAGGAAAUGCUUGAUAUCUAGAUUUGGACUCCCUUACAUCACAAGUUUCAUCAGAUAAAAUCAUACCCAAUUGGGUUCAUUUGGAGAGAUAGCCCCCAGGUUGCCUGCCAGUCUGUCUAACACUGACCCCGAUAUUAAUUUUAUGACAAAUUAAUGCCCGAGUCUCACAUGGAGGUCGGGUGCCUUGGAACCUGGGGGCUGGAGCCACCAACCCCUAACCCAGGUAGAAAGAACCCCAAAGCCUGCCCUACCACGAGCCCCGCCCACCACACCCAGCCCCAGCCCAAGCACCCAUCACACUGAACCGAGAGUUCAGUGGAGAAGUAACAACUAUAAUACUACUACUAAUAAUAAUAAGGGGUUAGGAGGAAGGGGAAAAAAAACACACUAAAACUGAGCACGAUGAGCAAGAAGCCUCCUCAACACUAUUUAAUCUCAUUAUAAAUUUUUUACCAACUCUACCUUGUAGUUGAGUUGAUUUCAAAAAGACAAAAAUUAUGUAAAAGAAAAGUUUACUCAGUGAUUGCAAGUUAAAACAUUUUGCCAGAACCGUCUGACAUAAAUAUUGCAAUCUUGGACAAAAAUGUCACAGAAAACUGUCAAAGACCCACUCAUAAAAAGCAAUCAAGGAUGGUGCAUUUUGGCCUUCUUGCAGCUUCAUUCUCAGAUUCAGGGAGAAAGGGGGCUGCUUUUUCAUGUUAUCCUGAUUAAAAUUGUAGACUAAAAAAAAUUAAUGUCAAUAUUAUUAUUAAACAAAGGAAAAAUUGUCAGUAACUGGUUGGAGAACACAUACUUGAGUUUCCCAUCAGUGAGAGUGUCCAGUCAAAACUCAUAAUCUUUACACAGGUUUGUACACGAACAGUGGCUAAAAAAGUGCCACAUCCUUCAAGGGAUCCAUCCCAGCAUACCCCUUCACAAGGUGGUAGAAGACUAGGGUGUAAUAAGCCAAGUUAACAAUUCUGUUUCUUCACUUUCAGGGCCAUUUGAAGAAGCAACGUAAGUGUGACCUUCUUGUUUUGAUCUUGAUUGAUGCAAAUAAGAAAAACUACACAAAGCUUGAAUUGUUAUAUUUGUUAUAAUUAUGUUAUAUUAUGUUAUAAUUCGUAAAGAAAAAACAAUAGAAAUUAACCCAUUCGCCCCGUAACCGCCCGUGCGGAUCCAGGUCCUUUCUACCCUUUGUGACGUCAUCAGUUUUAAUGGUCAAGGACAACUUUCUUCGCUAACUUGUGUAGAGUGAAGAGAUCUUUCAAACCAUACCAGAAUGAGCACAAUUCAGUCAAGGACACCGGAGAAAGAAGCAAAAAACCACGUGACAUUGACCUGAAAAUCUCCAUGAAAAUCUUGUUUCAUUGCCCACCUACCUUUCCUUUCACCUAAUCCUAAGAUCCUAAAAGCUUUCCUAAAAACUCUUCCCACCACAAUGAAGCCUACUAAAUGCCCAGCAAGAAAAAAAAAAUGAGGCAAGAAAAGCGAAAAAAGAAGGGAGUAGAAAAAGCGAAAACUAAAAAGUAAAAGUCAAGACUGCUGUGUCACUUUUAAACCCGAAAUUUUGCUUUCUGCGCAUGCCCGAACUUCGCAAGCUGAUGUUUUGCUUCUGGAUCAGAAGGCCGCCAAGUGUACGACCUGUAAACCGGUUUGUGGUAAGUUUUAGCCCUUUAUAGCACGACAGUGACCAGAAAACAACUCGACUAGCUUCAAAACGCGUUUUUCGGCAAAAUCUCCAGGAGCGAAUGGGUUAAUGUUUAAUGAGUGUUUUUAUAUCUUAUAAAGACACGGCUAAACUUUACGUCCAGUUUUUUAGACCAAAAUAACCCCAGAAUAUUAGUUCAAGAAUGAGUUGAUCUAUAAUUAUGAAAGAUUUUGAAGCCAUUCAAAAAACUCGCAGUCAUGUAUUAUCAGGUUUAUUAUCAGGUUUAAAAACCUGAUAAUACACUUCUUUAAACAGUACUUUUCUAACAGACUUGUUAUGCCAUUACUUGGAUUGACUGCUGUAGUUAAUAACACAGCACUAUAAUUAUCUGGUUUGUUUUAUAAGCCAUUGACAAUAUUUAAUUGCCACACCUUUCUCAAUUGAUUUUGACAUUCUGUCACAUGACCUUAGACAAAAAUGUUCUGGUUUAUGGCCAGACAUUCAAGACUGUAGUUUCUGUUAAUGGUUAAAGCCAGCCUGUGAUUGGAUUUCUAUGCAUGGUCUCCCUAAGUCCUCUUCUUAUAAUACUCUUGUCUUCCCUUUUGAGGGAAGAAAGGUGUGACAGUUUCUUUUAGGAGUUUGCCAUCUGCUGAAAUAAUAUUGAGGUACUUGUGGCAUUUACAUCACAGAUCACCUGACAAAAUGUUGUAUAUUACUUGAGAAAGGCACUAUGAUAGGUGCAAAUACAUACAGCAGAGUUCUACUUGCAAAACCUUAUUUUAAACUGCUUACAACAGCCAUUCCCAUAAUGAAGCCAGCAUAAAGGGUCUGCUAAAGAAAGGUUCAACUGUUUAAGCUUGUCCAUAAUGAGCAGUGCUUGUUUUUUAGCCACUGAGAGGAAUUUUCUUGUUUAGUUACAAUGUAAUCUUUUUUCCUUCACAGUUUUGCCUUGGAAAUUGGCGAGUUAAGUGAACCAGUCUUAACAGACUCUGGAAUUCACCUCAUUCUCAGGACAGGAUGA